UCCUCCUUUUUUGCUUGGGGAGCGAAAAGCUUCUGUAGAUGUAAGCAGAGGCUGAGAACUCCUGUGAUCUCACAGUCUGCCCUGUCUCCCUCUCUCCCUCUCUCUCUCUCUGCCCCUCCUCCCUCUCUCCCAGGUUACAAGGCCCUGAAAGCUCUGCAGAGGUCCCUUGCGGAGCUUCAAGAUGAGCUGCUCUAUCAGCACCCCGACACAAAGCAUUUCAUAGAUGGCAAGAAAGCAAAGGCUGACAGCGAGGAUGACGAGGAGAUCCCUAGUGAGGAGGAGGAGGGCGGGGCAGAGACCAGGAAGGCCCCCCCCAAACGGAAGCUGGAUAUGGAGGAGUACCCGGAGUUCAUGGCUAAGCGCUUUGCAGACUUCAGGACGUACCGCAACAGCACGCUGCAGAAAUGGCACGACAAGACCAAGCUCUCCUCCGGCAGGAUGGGCAAGGGUUUCGCUGCGUUUGAACGCAACAUCCUCACUCAGAUUGAACAGAUCAUGCUGUCGAAGGAGCGGCUCUUGAAACGGACACAGACCAAGCGGUCAGAAUACAGGGUCCUGGGGCAGCCGGAGCAGGAAGUGCCUCGGGCCACGGUGCCUGACCCCGAGGCACCGGAGGCUGAGUCCACAGCGAGGGCUAAUGCACAUCUGACAGACCUGGAUGAAGAGAUCUUCGACGAUGAUGAUUUUUACCAUCAGCUUCUCCGAGAGCUGAUUGAGAAGAAGACCAGCGCGUUGGAUACCAACGAUCAAGUCGCAAUGGGCAGACAGUGGCUGGCCAUUCAGAAACUCCGAAGCAAGAUCAAGAAGAAGAUGGACACGAAAGCCAGCAAAGGAAGAAAAGUGAGAUUCCACGCCCACAGUAAGCUGGUGAACUUCAUGGCACCUAUUGACCACGGCACAAUGAAUGAUGAUGCCCGGACGGAGCUGUACAGAUCGUUAUUUGGAAAGAUCGCCACUCCUGAAGUGCGGCUGCUGCAGUAGACUGUCUGUCAGUCAGAUGGACACAGCUACCAGAGCUCUUGAACCUGAACGUUCUCCAGUCCUUCCUGCAAGCCAGGACCUGCUUCAGCAUUCAAGAGCCUCCCUUUUCACUUCUGCCAAAAUAAUCAGUUGGAGCGGAGAGCAGCAUGUGUACGUCCUCUUCUGAACUCCAGUAUUCCGAUCCCAUAUUCCGAGCCAGUUCCCAUCAGGCAGGCUCCCACAGACUGGCCGAUCCAAAUGAUCCGGGAGUUCUAGCAGUCUCGGCCCGGUCCACACCCUUCGGCAGGCAGACUCCCAAACGCAAUCGCUUUUCCUUUUCUUUGUAUUAUUUUUUUUUUUUUCAGAUUUGUUUGUAUUUCAAAGAUUAGUAAAUUCUGUAUGAAAAAAGGGGGAGGAUGUUUUUGUUUUUAAUAAAAAAUAAAUCAAUUAAAAAAAAA